AUGAAAGUUUCCAUUGUUUUCGUGAGGGAAGUCUGCGUGGAACACUUACCUUCUAUAUCAGACACACAGAUUUUCAUCGUCAUUUGUGUAUUAUUCCUCCAAGCGGAUGCUUGGUGGGUGAGGAGAUGGUGGGGCAGGAACGGCAAUAGCAGAGGAUGUCCAGCAAGAUAUGGAGCCUCCCCAUACUAUUUUGGCACAACAAACCUGAACUGUAUCAGUAGUAAAAAGGGCAAACGAGGCGCACCUACGAGGGGACGGUUAUCCUACAUUCAUCGAUUCAUUUACUACAGGGGAAAAUACUUUGAUUUUAUUGGUAAAUCAGUGGUUGUGAUUUCAAAUAGAAGACUAGAGGGACAUAGGUGCAGUGGGGGAAGGGAGGGUUCCCCAGCAGGCUACAGCACAGUUAGCUUGAGUUGCAUUGAGGGAUGCGCCAGAAACUACAGAUGUCAAUAUGGUAGUUACGGAUUAUUUACCAACAACUGCCACGACUUUGCCAACAGGAUGUCUAAAAUUCUCUGUAAAAGAGGGUCUAGCUGUCCGACAUGGUGUCGGGGAAGCUGCAAUCAUGCUCGCAUAGACGUGAAGAAAUAA